AUGAGUCAUCCAAUGCAAGUCUUCAAUCAACAACCGGGAAUGCCUCCACCACCACCCGGAGCUGCCGUUCAAUGGAUGCAACCACCGCCAGCGAUGCCGAAUUGCCCAAUUGGACUUGAAUAUCUUACACAAAUCGAUAAAAUCAUGAUUCAUCAGAAAAAAAGCAUUCUCGAAGCGGUCACCGAGUGGGAAGUGGCGAAUAAAUAUGUUCUGCUGAACGCUGUCGGGCAACAAGUCUACUAUGCUUUUGAAGAGUCCGGUUGUUGCACGCGGCAAUUCUGCGCUCAGAAUCGCGGGUUCACCAUGCACAUUGUCGACAAUUUUCAACGAGAAGUUCUCACAAUCCGCCGCCCAUUCAAGUGCUGUACGGCUGGUUGUUUGGCCAGCAUUGACACUUGUGGUCAUGAGGUUUCCAUUGAGACCCCGGCUGGAGAAAAGAUCGGAAUGGUGAGGCAACGUUUCAGCUGCUGUGCAAACAAUUUCUCCGUUUUGAAUGGAGAUGAAAGCAAGGAGAUUUUCAAAAUCUCCGGCCCAAAUAUGUGCUCGUGGACAUACAAUUGCAAUUGUUGUGCGGAUAAAGUUUUUGAGAUCAUGAAUCCCGAGGGUCAACCGUGUGGAGCGAUUCGAAAGAAAUGGGGUGGAUGGGUGAAAGAGGCGUUCACACAAGCGGACACAUUCUCUGUUGAAUUUCCCGUCGAUCUGGACGUGAGGUGUAAAGCGGCUUUGUUGGGAGCGACUUUUUUGAUUGAUUUCCUUCAAUUCGAAAACAAACAAAACAAUGUGCAGAACGCGGAU